AUGCCGCAAUCGACUGGGCUAGUCACUGUGGCUUCGUACAGGAGAAGACAUCACCUUGCGGAGGAGGUGCCAGGACUCUACAUUCGGCGCCUAACGCUCGAGGACCCCAGAAGGAGGGAACCGUCCGGUUCAAGGUCGCAGUCCCCGGCUCGCCAUAUCUGUCAUCCUCGCAGCGGCUAUGCGCCCUCGGCGCGAGGAUCCUCGAGCUACAGAUCUUGGCUGGAGAGGAUACGUAAGGAGAAUCCGGCAUUCUUGACGAUAGUAUCCCUAGAACUGCCGGAAUCACCGAUUCCUUUGAUAGAGUCGCAGGCGAACGCGCGUUGGAAGCGGUACGAGCCUAAUGAAACCGCGAGUGAUAAGGAUGACAUCCUGGACGAAUUUUUGGAGAAGGUCACGGAGGCCGGAAAGGAAAGAGAGAAGGAGAGUCGCGCGGCGAGAAACAAUCUGUCACGGAAAAGUCGGCGCAGCGGCAAGAGAAAUGGUGAAUCCUUGGAAUGCACGAAGGCGCUCGCCACCCUCGAGGAAUGUACGCGAAACAUCGUCGAAGGACCGAGUCGCGAAGGAUCGAGCCGGCGGGACGUCGGCGGCGACUGCAUAUGCUCCGAGGUGCCGCAGGAUCUGCGAAUUAACUUUCGCAAGAGGACGACGCAAGAGGUCGCGCGGCCGUCGCGCACUCCGAGCCCGGAAGUGACUCACACGAUUCGGAUCGCGAUGAAGUACCGCGACCGGUCGGGACGCGCUGCCGAAGACGACGAGAGUCUGGAUGAGGAGGACGAGACGGCGGUGGCAGCGGAAGAGGAGACGGCAGACGGCGGCAGGAGGACGAAAAACGAGGGGAGCAAGAAGGAUCUUCAAGGUCCGCCGAACGCGAGGAAGGAACCGAUGAAGCAGGACGGUUGCUGCGUCGCCGCCGUCGGUGUGAAGGCCGCCUUAGACUUCACACUAAAUUGCAAUAGCGUGCGACUCACUUCUCGUGACACGAGCCUGAAGACAACGACGAGGAGCGAGAGGCAGGAGCGGCCGGAAACGCGAAGUUAG